GGGCCGCGGGGCCGCGGAGGGGCCCCCAGCGGGCGGCGAGGCGCCGGCCGCCUGCCCCCGUUCGGCCACGGGGCGGGUGCUGGCGCCUGGAGCCGCGCAAAGGUGUCCCCGAGGUGCCGCCCUGCCCCUGCCGCGGGGCUGUGCCCGGGGGCCGGGGACGUGAAGCGGCCGCCGAGCGGCCCCGUCCCGCCCCGCAGGUCAGGGCCGAGCUAUUUUGAGCCCCGCUGCCGCGCUGGGGCCGCGGGCACGGGCUGAGAUUGACGGCACACGUGUGCGGGACGGCGCUGGCCGCGGCCCAGCGGCAGCAUCGGGUGUCCCGGCGGGGCGGGGCGGGUCCGGGGUGCGCGGAGCUGGGGGAGGCAGCGAGGAGAGGGGCUCGGGGGCAGCGGGGGGAGGCAGGGCCGGGGCGAUGCUGCCUGCUGAGAGCCGCGCUCUGCCGGCGUUGGGGAGAUAAAGGACCCGCAGCGCAGGAGCCAUGGGAGCCGAGGAAGAAAUGGUGAUCACGCUGUCUGGAGGCGCCCCCUGGGGCUUCCGCCUGCAAGGGGGCUCUGAGCAGAAAAAGCCCCUCCAGGUGUCCAAGAUCCGAAAGAGAAGCAAAGCAUGCCGUGGAGGCCUGUGGGAAAAUGAUGUGCUAGUAUCUAUCAAUGGCAAGUCGUGUGCCGGCCUCUCCCAUGCUACUGCCAUGCAGAUCAUCGACUCCUCCAACGGCACGCUCAACAUCCGGGUGAAAAGGAUAGUUGGUGGGGACCAGACGGGCCCACGGCUGCAGCGCUCCCCUUCCCCAGGGCAGCGAGUGCUCUCCCCGCCAUCCCCGCUCAGCCCCCCGGCACAGCUGCUGAGCUCCGGGCCGGCAGGAGCCCCGGCCACCACGCAGCCCCCGCAGCCCCGGAGGGCACCGCGGCACCUGGACAGCCUCACCUCCCCGCCCGACAGCGAGGCCUACUACGGCGAGACUGACAGCGACGCCGACAAUGUGGCCCAGGAGAAGCACCGCCGGGCCCGCAAGAAGAGCCCACGCUCCCCGCCCGGCAGCACCAACAGCAAGGCGGACGUGCCCCAGGACGAGGUGUCCCUGUCCGAGCAGAGCGGCUACGAGAGCACGCCGGAGGCCGCCACGCAGGGGGGAGCCGAGGUGGCCAGCUCCGGCGGGGUGGCCAAGAGGGAGAUCGCCUGCCCACCUGGCAGCCGCACGGACACGCCGUUCUCGGAGAGCGAUGGAGCGCUGCGGCCGCCCUCAGCCGAGGGCCGGGAGCCUUCCCCGGAGGCGAUGCUCCUGCCCCACGCCACCAAGGCCAUCCGAGCGGAGCGCCACCUCAUCCCCAUGGUGGGGCCCGUGGAGCACCCAGUUGAUGAAGACCUGACCACCACGUAUGCGGAGAAAGCCAAGCAGGCCAAGCUCCACCGCCACGAGAGCAUCCAAGAGAAGAACGUGAAAGAAGCCAAAACCAAGUGCAGAACCAUUGCCUCCCUGCUGACAGAUGCACCAAACCCCCACUCCAAGGGGGUGUUGAUGUUCAAGAAGCGCAGGCAGAGGGCCAAGAAGUACACACUGGUAAGCUUUGGCAGUGUCGACGAAGACCGCUCCUACGAGGAGGAAGACGGAGUUUUUCCAACCAGUGAGUCUGAAUUUGACGAGGAAGGUUUCUCUGAUGCCCGAAGCUUAACGAAUAACUCAGACUGGGACAACACUUACCUGGACAUUGAAAAGUCCAAGUCAGACUCUGAGCAGAAAGACGAGAAGCAAAAAGGUUUGAGUGAGGCCUCGGGUAAAGGAGCCCGCUUAUUUGAGCAGCAGAGGGAACGUGCUGGGAAGUACACAGUAGAGAAAGUCCCUGCAGAGAAGGGCCCCCAGCUCGCCCCAGCUGUGCAGCCGCAGCCGGGCAUGCUGAAUGGAGAGAUGCCUGUGCCCCAGAAGACAAGCAGCGUGCCCCUCAGCAUCCACCUGGAAGGUGUGCCAGUGCCCAGCAAGCAGCCAGCCACUCUGCCCGCUCCGCUCCUGGCUCCCUCCAGCCCCACUGUCUUCCAGCCAGCCCCUGGCACCCCCGACCCCUUCUCUGCAAGCACAGCCAGUAUGUUCAACAGAUCCGCACGGCCCUUCACCCCUGGCUUUUCUGGCCAACGCCCAGCGACAUCCUCCGUCAUCUUCAGGCCAUCUGCACCCAAAAAGCCCACUGAAAGCCUGGGUGGGCAAAGCACGGCGGUUCCCCCUUUCUCGCCUCAGGCUCCAGGAUCACCUGCCAGCGCCCCAGUGCCGGCACACCGUGGUGCAGUGAGCUCCUCCACAUCUCUGUAUAUUCCCGCACCAGGAAGGCCAACACCACCAGUAGAAUCACAGCCGAGAGCAGGAGGAAGCGCUCCAGAGGCUAAGCCUUCCACCAACACUGCCCGGACAUCCACUGCCUCCAUAUUUCUAUCAACUCCCUCAAAGCCAGGAGGGGAGGUGGCCUCUGCAGCGGCCCAGCCACGAGCCCCUGGAACAGCCUCCUCGUCUUUGUAUAUCAGCCCAGCGCCACCGCAGCACGUGGUGAGCAGCUCCCCGCUGCCAGCGCAGCCUUCUCCUGCCACCUCACCGGCGACGCCACGGCCUCCUUCCGAGCCCCUCACCUCCAGGGAGCAGAGGAUCUCCGUGCCGGCUCCCCGCACAGGCAUCCUGCAGGAGGCCCGCCGGCGGGGCAACAAGAAACCCAUGUUCAGUAAGAUUGAGGAGAAGAAGAAGAACUCACCCAACCCCGAGCUCCUGUCUCUGGUGCAGAACCUGGAUGAGAAGCCAAAAGGUGACCACCCUGGGGCAGGCUUUGAGUCUGGGCCCGAAGAGGACUUCCUCAGCCUGGGCGCCGAGGCCUGCAACUUCAUGCAGUCCUCUGGCCGCAAGUUCAAAACCCCACCUCCAGUGGCUCCGAAGCCUCAGCAGCAAGAUGCUGGACUGGUAAAUGGGGCCCACGACAUGCCUCAGCUUAAGGGCAAGGGGGCAGAGCUCUUUGCCAAACGCCAGAGCCGCAUGGACAAAUUUGUGGUGGAGACAACGCCGAAGCCGGAGUCCAAGCCCAGGACCCCCUCUCCUUCCCCUUCUCUACCUUCAUCCUGGAAAUAUUCACCCAACAUCCGGGCCCCCCCUCCGAUAGCUUACAACCCGAUGCAUUCCCCUUUCUAUCCUCUGGCUGCCAGCAAGUCUCAGGCUAGCAAAGCAGAGAGCAAAGUGAAAAAGGCACCUGGCCAGAAAUCAGGGCUCAAGGUCAUCGAUUUCAUGCGCCAUCAGCCCUACCAGCUAAAGUCAGCCAUGUUCUGUUUUGGAGAUCCCCCAAGCCCCAGCACGCAGGAGCCUCCUGCUCAGGCAGCCCCGCAGCCCGGCUCGUCCUUCCCCGCAGCCAAGCAGGUCCCGGUGAAAACAGCCAAGGCCCAGGAGAUUCGUCGCUUCUCCACCCCGGCUCCCGCGCCGGCCUCAGGCAGCAUGGCACCCACUGUGCUUGUGCCCCGCUCGGCCACCACGCUGGAUGAGCCCGUGUGGAGAACAGAAAUGGCCUCUUCUGCCCCCGCUACCCCAGCGCCCUUCCAGGUGGAGCUCAGCCAGUCCCCUAAGCCAUACCAGAGCUCCCCUGAGCUUGUUCAGGCGAGCCUGGGGCCUUCCCCAAACCCUGCCUCAGCCUCUCGGUUUCAGGUGGCCAGGCCCAAAUUCUCAGCAGCCAGAACGGGGAUGCAGGCCAACGUGUGGCGGCCGAGCUUUGGCCACCACUGAGGCAGGCGCCGCUACCAUCCCAUCCACGGCCCCACAGAGAUAGUGCUCGUUUUGUCUUUCAUGUCAGCUCAGUACAUUGGGGUGAGUGAUGUAAAAUGAAGAAAAGAGAAAAAAAAAAUUGCUCCCCUUCUGCACCACCCUCUCCCCCAACCUCCCCUUGGUCUCAGAUGGGCAGCUUCAUGGCAAGGCUUACGGCUGUGGCUACAGAUGGAGGAAGAAUGUGGAGAGAGGGCACGUGUGGUACACAGGGACUGGGAACUCGACUGCACCAGCAAAACCCGUGUCUGGAGAGGGUGAAUGGCAGGUGUGGUCUCAACGAGGACAUGCAGUGGUUUCCUCCCAAGGUCUUUGGAGCCAACCCUGAAUGGAGGGGCCUUGGCGGACAAGAGCCUUCCAGGAAGGACGGGUUGGAGACAGGAUUACAAAACAGAAGUCCUACCUUCCCCAUCAGACUGCUUUUUUGAGAGCCUGUGAGGCCGUACAUAGGCACACCCCUACACACACAGCAGCAGUCAGCAGGGAGAGGAAGGAGAAGUGGGGCUCUGCCUUGGACACUUCUGCCAGAUUUCCCUCCAUGGGAAAGAAGGCAAGAGAGCAGAGUGGGGAGGUUUGCACGUGCACAGGUAGGCAGCGUGUCCUGCACAGGAGGAUGGCGAUGUGUGCCUGUUCCUCUGGUCGCCAGGCGGGGACUGAACGAAGCAGUCAUCCCAGCUGGUGUGAAACUCAGCCAUCAGGUCUGGGAGCAGGUUGCCAGAGAGGUGUUGAAUGGACUUGGUGGGGCUACCACAAAUUCCCCACAGCAGGAGCUAUCAAUUUUUGGAGAUACACAAAGGGCAAAGCUAAGCUCAGGCAGUGGCUGGUUAGCUCCAAGCAGUCCCUGCAGCAUUAGUCUCACUGGAACAGGAUGCAGAUGCUGUAAGUAUAAAGAAGGAUUGUGUGGGAGAAGGUAAAGUUGGCUUUAAAAGGAGGCAGGAUUGAAUAAGCGUUUGCAUUUCAGCUUUUUGUUUAGUGGACAGAAGAGUGGCUAGAUUGGAAAUGGGUCUUGACAUAAAACUUCCUGAAAACUCUCUGUUGAGCUGGAAAAUGGAGCCCCUUUUACAGAGAGUCUCAUCAGGAGAGUGGAGUACAGGGGAACAGAGUUACAAAUGGAAUUGCAUGCUAAAUGAUUUAAGUAUCCUCAAGACUAAUUGAUAAAAACUGAAGUGCUUUGAGAUUCCCAGAGGAUCAGCAUUCUCUGACACACACAUACAGAGCUCAGUUUGCUGGCAGUGCGGGGGAAGUAGGACUGGUUAUUCUUUGAUUGCCCCAGGCUAGCCUCAGACCUAAUCCCUACACCAAAGGUAUACAAGAAGAAAGCAUUCCCUCUCCCAGGAAAGAAUUCAGGAUAUCAGUAGGGCCUGUGCAUGUGUGUGUGCCCAUCACCUACACUCCAGUCUGCACAACCCCCUGACAUUUGUUUUUCUGCCCUUGCUCCCCUUUCUGUGGCAACCUCACAGAGUGGGCUGGAGAACCCAGCUAGCAACUCUAGUCCUGGACAAGCCUGAGAGGGAGGGAAUGAGAGAAAAGGAAAAGCGAUACACAAUCCUGCCAAGUCCCUUUGAAUCCUCUGUGUCUGGCUGGCCUCGCUCUGCAGGCCUGUGUUUGCAGUGCACAUUGCUGGGAGCCCUGGAAUGUAGGAUGAGUGUGCUGGGCAGGGAGGAGGACAGCAGUGACACCUCUCUCGGAAGGCUAUCAGCCAUGGGAGAGGCUGGAGAAAAAAACUUAGGGCAUGCCCUGAGUUAAUAAGAAAAGGGGAGGUGCUGCACCUGGUUGUAUGACAGAGGAGCAGUCGACCUCAAAUGAUGAGGUGAUGGUCCAUGUUCCUGGAAAGCCUUAGAGGGGAGGUCUUAGGAGACGUCAUCACUGCAGAGUUAACUCAGAUCACCAGAAUCCACUUCACUGUGGGGGGGAGCAGCCACGCUACAAAACCUGACUUGGAUGAUUGCUUUCUCACUCAUCCUGUGCUGCACUGUAUUGCCAUUGUUGCUGCACAUAUUGCCAUGUGCUCUAGCAAGAUAAAUGUCUGUAAUUCUUCCCACAGAAAGAAGGAGUCUUCCAUUUUUCUAAUUAACCUGUGGGGAGGAACUAAAGGACUGGUAGUGCUGCAAAAGUUUAGUCUGUAAUCUCCUUGUGGAGUGCUGGCUGGCUGGCACUGACAGACCAGCUUGCCCAGGCUGAAAGCAUCACUGAACUCAGGUGUAGAGGAGGGGUUACGUGGACCAGAGAAAGGGUGUUCAGGAUAAUUCUGCAGUGAAGAAAUAACCUCAGAAAGUCUGAAUCUUACUCCAGUGUUCCUGACCCUCACGGACCUAAAAAUCAAGUGCAUUCAGGACCUGAGUGUCUCAGGAAUUUAUUCUGCCACUGGGAAGAAAAAAAAUAAAAUAAAAUAAAAAAUAAAAUAAAAGAGAGAGAAGUCUGUUUUUAGUAUGUUCAGGAGAUUGCAUCUGGCCUGUAUUUGGGUGGUGCUGCACCAGAUCUCUAGGAGACACUGAUGCAAGUCAAACAAUGAUGGCCAAACACUGUGGAAUGUUACAUGGCAGGACCUGAGUGCAGUAACUGGAUUCGGCCCAUAAUUUCUGAUAAUGUAGUGGGCAGGAGAUGAAAAAAUGUUAGGUCUGAUAGGAGAAUUAAUGCUAAACAUCAGAGCAAGGAAAAGAAUCGGGAGGCAAGGGAUCCUGCAUUUCACCUCUACCAUCCUUGGUUCAAAACUAGGUUUGGGAGGAACGCUAGUUUGAUGGCAUCAGCCUCUCCCAGUCUUUUCUGGGUCCUGUGCUGAGGACAGAAGGGGCUCUGCAGAAGCAGAGGGUGCUGCAGAUGAGGCCUACAGUGCUUGUGGAGUAUCCCAAAUAAGGCCUGUGGCUGCAAGUAGCAUGAGAUGAGAACUAAUACUGAGAUGCAUCUGCUAAGCUAUAGGGAAGAAACUUGCACAACUGCUGGCUUUGUGCAGCUCUGCUAGUGUCUGCUCAUGAAAAUAAUGUGGCUGCCUGUUAGAAAGGUCACGGUUGAGGUUACAAGGAAUACUUUUGAACCGUCUAAGAUUGUCUUGAGCCUCUCCAAAUUCCUAAUUCCUCAGCUGUUGAACAAGCACACAUGUAAACAGUUGCUGGACAAGUUUUAGCUCCCACCUGCUAAGUUAUGAGCUGCAGUGGUAGGCCAACCCCCAGUAUCCCUUAGGUAAGCAUUUGAAGACGUCUACGUGGGCUCUGAUUUAAAACGGCCUCCUCUCUAGCAUGCUGCUGGUUCUACAUUGCAGCUAUGGCAAUCCUGGGGGUUUAUCUUGGCUUCUCUUCCCUCUGAAUGUAUGGCAACACUUGCCAGAGAUAACCUCAAGUUCCUGUAGCAGCUGAGAGGAAGAAUCUCGGAAGAGACUGGUGUGACGAGGAGUCACUGUUCACCAGAUGCAGCACAGAAUAACCCAAGAUUGUUCCUCUGACAGAAUUCACUCCCUUUCUGCUACCAUCCAGCACACUCUACCAGACCCUCUUCUUAGAGGAGACUUGUCGGUGCUCUGAAGAUGGGAGCCUCACAGCAGUGCUCUGGUGGAAGAUGUGACCUCAGAAGGAGAACAGAGGUGGCGUCUCUGUUUAUGGAAAUACUUUUUUCCUUUUCUGUUUUGUCGUUUUUGCAAUUUACAGUCACUUUCUAUUUGUUUGUGCAGAAGAAUAAACUUGUGAUAUGCACUUUA